CACCAUCACUACCUUGAUCAUCUUCACCACCUCCACCACCUCCACCGUUUCCUCCACCUAUCGCCUCGCAUUUGCUCUUGUGAUGACCAUGCGCCCUCCCAGCGCCUCUGCAGUUCCAUCGCUCGUCUCUGCGGAUGGAGAACCCUCCUCCAUGGCUUCCUCACCACGCACUCCAGCCACCACCGACAAUGACGCGAUCUCCGUCCUCAAUGGCAAGGAAGGGCCAGCAGCAGACCCAGAUCAAGAGGAACCUAUUGCUGUUGAUCCAGAGGACGCCGUUCGCGCAAACCGCCUCAAGUUCUUGCUAAGCAAGUCGGAGAUCUACGCUAAGGUCAUCGGCGAUCGCAUGGAGCGGCAGCAAGUCGAGAAGGCCAAGGCUGAGGCGCGGGCGGCGACGCGACGCGCCAAUAAGGAGAAGAGAGGGGAAGCAGGGCCGAGCCGAGAGACGCGGAGCGGUAACGCCACCGCGUCCCCGCGUAAGCGAAAUGUUCGGGACGAGAGGCCAGUCAAGCGCGCCAAGCUCGAGGCGCAGGUCCAGCCCGAGCCAGAGGUGGAAGACGAUGGUGAGCCGAAGCAAUACUCGUUCCGCCAGCCUGAGCUUGUAACCGGCGCCAAGUUGCGCGAGUACCAGCUUGCCGGGGUACAGUGGAUGAUUUCGCUCUACGAGAACGGAUUGAAUGGCAUUUUGGCUGAUGAGAUGGGCCUCGGCAAGACGUUGCAAACUAUCUCGUUCUUCGCACACCUUCGCGCCAAGGGGACAUGGGGGCCAUUCCUCGUCGUUUGCCCACUGUCGGUAUUGCACAACUGGAUAACUGAAUUCGAAAAGUUCGCCCCCUCCAUUCCGGUGGUGAUGUACCACGGCGCACCAGAUGUACGUGCUGAGCUACGCGCAACACGUCUCCAAGCCCCAUCGAAUUCGGGCGUUGGUAACAUCCGCGAAAAUGUGUAUCAAAAGGGCAAGAAACGACCCGCCACCGCGCAGUUCAAGUUCAAGCGCAUUACGAACACGACAGACACGUUCCCGAUUGUCGUGACGACAUACGACAUCUGCAUGAACGACCAGAGGCACCUCAGCGGGUUGGACUGGAAGUUCAUCGUUGUAGAUGAAGGCCAUCGGCUCAAGAACCUCGACUGCAAGCUCAUCCGCGAGUUGAAAUCGUACAAGAGCGCAAACCGAAUGAUUCUCACUGGCACGCCGCUUCACAACAACCUCGCUGAGCUGUGGUCGUUGCUGAACUUCAUCCUGCCCGACAUCUUCGAUGAUCUGGACGCGUUCCAGCAGUGGUUCAACCUCGGAGACAUGGGGGACGAGGGAUUGUUGGACAAAACGGCCAUCGUUACAUCUCUGCACGCUAUUCUCAAGCCGUUUCUUCUCCGACGUUUGAAAUCAGAGGUCGAGCGUGGCCUACCGCCGAAGAAGGAAUAUCUUCUCUACGCUCCUCUGACCCAGGAGCAGAAAGAUUUCUAUCAGGCAAUUCUUAGUCGCAACCAUCGCCAAUACCUCAUCAACGCCAUCGCAGGUAUAAACCCAGACGCUGAGAAUGGCGCCACCCUUCUGAACGACGAAGUGGACGCUUCCGGGCGUGCGAGCCGUAACAAAGGCGAGGUCAAUUAUCACAUCGAAACGAACGACUUCAAGUAUCUCCGUAGUUUGGAGAAGGCCGCAGAAUCCAAAGAGAAAGAGAAGACCGCGGUGAUCAAGCCUAAGCAAUUGACAGCUGAAGAGCAAAAGGCUUUGCGGGUGGAACGGGCUGUCAAGACAGUCAACAACUUGCGUCUGCAAAAUCUCAUCAUGCAGUUGCGCAAAAUCUCGUCACAUCCCUUCCUUUUCAACUGGCCCAAGGAUCCGGAGACUGAUUCAGAGAUUGUCGACGAGAGCUUGAUCAACGCCAGCGGCAAGAUGCUGCUUCUCAACCGCCUUCUGGAUGCCCUUUUCGCCAAAGGCCACAAAGUGCUUAUUUUCUCCCAAUUCACAACCAUGCUGGACAUCAUCGAGGAUUGGGCGACCCUUUACAAGGGCUUCAAGCUGUGUCGCAUUGACGGGACUACAUCGCAAGAGGAGCGGCGCAGGCAAAUGGAGGAGUUCAACAAUGGCGGCGAUGGGCCGGACGCGUGCAGACUGUUCAUCCUCAGCACGCGAGCGGGUGGCCUAGGCAUCAAUUUGGUGGCGGCCGACACAGUUGUCUUUUUCGAUCAGGACUGGAACCCGCAAAUGGACCUGCAGGCACAAGAUCGUGCGCAUCGCAUUGGUCAAACCAAACCUGUUCUGAUCUUCCGUCUUGUGUCAGAGCACACUGUUGAGACGAAGAUCUUGCAAAAGGCCGGCCACAAACGUAAGCUGGAGGCCCUCGUGAUCCAGCAGGGAAAGUUCGGCAAGCUCGUUGAUGAGAACGGGCGUGUGACACUGGGGCGUAGCAACCAACGUGGGCAAUCAACAGCUGACAUGGCCCGAGCUUUGCUUGAGCUCGAUGGCGAGGAGAUCAACGUCGCGGCCGCGUCAGACAAGAUCAUUUCAGACGCCGAUCUUGAGAUGCUCCUCGACCGCUCGCCCGAGGCAUAUGCGCGCCAGAAGGGGUGGGCUGCAGGCCUCGGUAAGGUCGGCCAGCGGGGCCGUGAGGCGCAGCUUGCCAAGGGUGAGCGUACGGCAUUCGAGGUUUUCGAGACGGAGCGUGACGAGGCGGCUGAGGGACUCGCGCACAUGUUUGAGGAUGAAGCCGAGAAAGGAACAGAAGAGUAGUGGUCUUGUGAUGACCACGCACCUCCUGUCCAUUUGUCCUAGACCACACCCUGUCCACGGAUCAGUAGUUGUAGAUGAUAGUGUACAUGCAUAGCUCCUAGCGCCGGUUA